GAAUUAAUGAUGUGAAGAGGAAUGACUCGGCUGAAUACUCAUUCAGACUUGAGAAACAUAUUAAUCACUGUCAUUUACCUAGAGUGAUGUUAGUUGUCACAGGUGUGAAAGUGAGCAUGACUCCUUCUGCAGUGGUGACAGAGGGUCAGAGAGUCACACUGACCUGCAGUACCAGCUGUCCUCUGACUGACAACACAAACUACAUUUGGUACUUGAACAGUCGACCUCUGAACAUGACAGAGACCCACAACAAACAUCUGAUCCUGGACCCAGUCAGCAAGGAGAAUGAAGGGAACUAUUCCUGUGCUGUGAAUAGUCCUCAGAACAUUAGCUCAGCUGAGAAGGCUCUCACUGUCAAAGCUCUAGAGAAAAACGUAGCAGGACUGAACGUAUUGAAAAUUACUCUUUUAUCGCUGAUCCCUGCAGUUGUAUUUCUACUCUACAUGAAAACAAGGAAGAAGAAAACUCUGUCUGCCACUGCUGAGAAAAGUGACAGGGAACAACCUGGACAGAGGGACCAGCUGUAUGAGAGUGUUGAACUGAACCCUGCUGCACGGUGAAAACCAGCAGAGAAGCAGGAAGACACUGUGCAACAUCUGGUUGGGAAGCUUGUAGACUUCCUCUUCCUCUCGUGUGCAGAGUAUAAUCUGAAAACAAUCAAUCUUAUUCAUUUAGAUUCAUGCUGGUAAAAUAUGAUCCUGCAUGUGCAAAGAGAUAAACAGCCCUGCAAACUUAGAGUAUGUCAAACUUGAGGCCUGUACUCCAAAGCAGGAUUUCUUCUUAUCCAGGCCAUCUUUAGCUUUGACCCUUGCUUUUCUAUCACAAUAGCAUCACCAUUCCUAAAAGAUCCCUGGUACCCCUGGGCAGUUUUUCAACAGUGUCUAAUAUCUUUGUGUUUCCCCAGUGAGCUCCAGUAAUAAAUAUAGUUUCUUGGCCACAGCAUUAUUUGUUACU